AUGCCCCCGCCCCCCUCUCGGGAUUCCCAACGUUAUGCCCCGCUGCAUGAUUCCAUCCCGGAAGAAGACCACGCCCACGACUCGGACGAUUCGCUCCCUCUGUCCAAUCUCUCCGACGAUGACCCGGACAAUCGCUCCAAGAAGGUCAAAUUACGCCGCCUAGACCGGUCGGACCCCGAGCACCACGCCGCCUCCGCCUACGUGCCCGUCAUCCGCAAAUCCGGCGAUGUCGAGGCCUAUCUCGACAGCAUCACCGAGGCGGAGCAGGAACUCCUCGCCGCCAGCCGUCAGUAUGAUAUCGAUGAUGACGAUUCCGACGACUACGGGGACGGCGCGAAGAAACGCGCACAGAUGCAGCGCCACCGCGCGGAGCAGAUGCGGAAACGCAAUCGCCACCAGGGAUGGCGCGCCGUCUACUACUCCAAGUUCUGGUGGAGGACGCUGGUCGUCGUCAUUGUGGGACUGGGGUUGUUGGUGUGGGCGUUUCUGAGCUUUGCGGCGUCGAGGGGGGAUGUGGACGAACAACCGGAUAUUCCGAUGCUGGCGCCGGAUUCCUGGUUCCCGUCGCCCCGCGGAGGCGCCCUGGAAGACUGGGCGGAGGACUAUCGCAAGGCGCAGGAAUUGGUAGCAAACAUGACCCUCACCGAGAAGGUCAACAUUACCACGGGGACGGGGUGGCAGAUGGGGUUACCUUCCUCGCGACGGCUCGGACAGUCUAACGUGCAAUGCAUAGGCCCCGCGACAAAUGUCAACUUCCCCUCGCUCUGCCUGCAGGAUGGCCCCAUGGGUAUACGCUACGCCGACCAUAUCUCCGCCUUCCCUCCCGGUCUGACCACCGGCGCGACCUGGAACCGGGAUUUGAUAUACGAACGCGGUGUCGCCAUGGGGCUGGAGGCGCGUCGGAAAGGUGUCAAUGUCCUCCUGGGCCCGUCCAUGGGCCCGAUUGGCAUGAUGCCCGCCGGUGGACGCAACUGGGAGGGCUUUGGAUCCGACCCCGUGCUGCAGGGCGUGGCCGCCGCGGAGACCAUCCGCGGUAUUCAGAGCAACGGCGUCAUGGCCACCGCGAAGCACUACGUGAUGAACGAGCAGGAACACUUCCGUCAGCCCUUCGAAUGGGGUAUUCCCUCCGCCAUGUCGGCCAAUAUCGGAGACCGCGCCUUGCACGAGGUGUUCGUGUGGCCCUUCGCCGAGAGCAUCCGCGCCGAUGUCGCCAGCGUCAUGUGCGCCUACCAGAAGGUCAACAACAGCCACUCCUGCGAAAACAGCAAGCUGCUCAACGGCAUCCUCAAGGAUGAGCUCGGCUUCCAGGGUUUCGUCCAGUCCGACUGGCUGGCCCAGCGGUCCGGCAUCAACAGCGCCCUCGGCGGUCUGGACAUGAGCAUGCCCGGCGACGGCCUGCACUGGGCCGAUGGCAAGCCCCUCUGGGGAAGCCAGCUGACCCGCGCGGUGCUGAACACUUCUGUGCCGAUUGAACGGCUCAACGACAUGGUCACCCGAAUUGUCGCUGCCUGGUACCAUUUCGGCCAGGACGCAUGGGAGCGCCCGCCGCCGGUCGGUGACGGCGGUCCGAAUUUCUCUUCCUGGACCGAUGGACAGUUGGAUUGGGAACACCACGCCGCCCCCGGCGGUAACUACGCCGUGGUGAACAAGUAUAUCGACGCUGGCGCUGGGCAUGGGGACAUCGCACGCCGCGUCGCCGCCGAGGGCAUUGUCCUCGUCAAAAACGCCGACAACACGCUGCCCCUAUCUCGCUCGCCCGCCACGGACGGUGUGUACCGCGUCGGAAUCUACGGCGACGACGCGGGUCCGGCCAUGGGCCCCAACGCCUGCACGGAUCGCGGCUGCAACCAGGGCACGCUGGCCUCCGGCUGGGGCAGCGGGACCGUCGAGUUUCCCUACCUCGUCAGCCCGGUCGAUGCGCUCCGCGACGCCUGGUCGGGCCAGGUCGAAACGACCCCGUACCUGCGCAACUCGGUCAUGCCUGUUGACGUGGCCGACAAGGACCUGUGCCUGGUGUUUGUGAACGCCGACUCGGGCGAGGGCUUCAUCUCCGCCGGUGGCAUCCAUGGCGACCGUCCGAACCUGUUUGUGCAGAAGGGCGGCGACACGUUGAUCAACACGGUCGCGAACAACUGCGGCAACGGACAGGGCCGCACCGUGGUCGUCGUGCAUGCUGUCGGCCCGGUGGUCGUGGAGUCGUGGAUUGACCUCCCCGGCGUGCACGCCGUGCUGUUUGCUCACCUCCCGGGCCAGGAGAGUGGCAACGCGCUGGUGGACGUGUUGUUUGGCGACGUUGACGCCAGCGGCCGUCUGCCCUACACCGUCGGCAAGAGUCUGGCGGACUACGGGCCCAGUGCGCAAGUGCUGUACGAGCCCAACGCGCCCGUCCCACAGGUCGACUUCGAGGACGGGCUGUACAUUGACUACCGCUACUUCGACCGCUACAACAUCACCCCCCGCUUCGAGUUCGGCUUUGGGCUGUCUUACACCUCUUUCUCCAUCUCCGACCUGCGCGUCGACUCGCUCCGCUGGAAAUCGCGCCUGCCCGCGGCCCGACUGGCCGAUCCCGUCGCGCCCCCGGAAUACGACCUCCUCGCGCCCGUCGGCCAGGACGUCACCUUCCCGCGACACCUCCGUCCCAUCCGUAAAUACAUCUACCCCUACCUGCACACCCUGGACGGCACCACCCCGGCUCCCUACAAUUUCUACCCCGAGGGGUACGACCAAACACGGCGACCGUCGCCCGCAGGCGGCGGCACCGGCGGCAACCCAUCGCUCUACGACGAAAUGGCGCGCAUCACCGUCGACGUUGCGAACACGGGCGCGCGCACCGGCCAGACGGUCGUGCAGCUGUACGUGUCCUUCCCGGAGGGCGUGACCGAGGACGGCAACUGGGUGGAGGUGCAUUCGCAGGUGGACGGACACAGCACGCCGGAGGUAAAGAUCGUGCGCGAGCAGGAAGCGAUCGAGUUCCCGGAGCGCGUGCUGCGCAACUUCACCAAGGUGGCGCUGCAGCCUGGCGAGCAUCAAAAGGUCGAGAUGACGCUGCGGCGCAAGGAUCUGAGCUACUGGAGCGUGCGCGAGCAGAACUGGGUGAUGCCGCAGGGGGAGUUUGAGAUUCGCGUCGGGCAGAGCCGUCCAUUCGUUUGUCAGCUCUGCUUCGCAAGAAACCGCUGCCUAUACCUUCUCCGGGGCCACCUUUACCACCAGGCACACUCAUUGACGAAGAGAUCUCGCGAUUAUACAAUUCCAAAAACUUCUACCCAGCAAAACCGGGAGAAGUCCUCGGCGAUCGCUACCAAACGCUGGUCAAGACAUAUCGACGAGCCAGAGCACGUCGUGACGCUCAAAAUUGCCAAUAACAAUGCAUCUCUCGCUAGUCAUGAGCGCGACAUCGAAGAGCAAAUUGCCACAGCAGACCCGUCUCAUCGCGGCCGCUCAAUCAUCCGGACACUAGUAGAUUCAUUUGAAGUCAAGGGCCCGGAAGGGUCUCAUUUGUGUCUGGUGUAUCCGCCCAUGAGGGAGCCCUUGUCGAUGUAUCAGCGGCGGUUUGCGGGUAGGAAGAUGCCUCUGCCGCUGGUCAAGACGUACAUUCGUUUUUUUCUUACGGGGCUGGAUUAUCUUCACAACGAAUGCAGGAUAGUCCACACGGAUCUCAAGCUCGAGAACAUCAUGGUCUCAUUUGAAGAUCCAGCCGUGCUUUCGGAUUUCCUGGAUGCCCAGCUUGGAAACCCGAUGGCUUUUAAGAUUGAUGCAACGGGACGACCGGUGUAUCAGUGCAGUAGUGACUUCGGGCCCCUCAAAAACUUCAUCAGCAUCCCACAGCUGGUCGACUUUGGCCUGGCUACCACGCUCCCAGAAGACGACGACUGGGGCGUCUGGCCUAUCCAGCCAGAUCACUAUCGGGCGCCUGAGGUGAUACUGGGUAAUGGAUGGCAGAUGCAGGCGGAUAUUUGGAAUCUCGGCGUUUUGUUGUGGGAUAUGAUCGAAGGCAAAGAGCUGUUUCAGCACAUCCAUGACGCCCAAGGUCGCUACGACCCCAAAAGGCACAUUGCUGAGAUGAUCGCUUUGCUCGGUCCACCCCCUCCGGAGAUUUUACAACGGUAUCAAUCCAUGCGGGAGUAUCAGUGGCCGGAACCUGUCCGACGAGAAGACGGCAGCGUUUGCGAGACAGCGGAGGAGUUCUUCGGUGGGCCGUUCUUUGACAGUGAUGGUCGCUUUCUCUACGAAGACCUUAUCCCUGACAGGAACCUAGCAGACGCAGUGUCCUUGGAGGGAGAGGAGAAGGAAGCGUUUCUGGAUCUUGUCAGGGGGAUGCUGCACUGGCAUCUGAAUUGGAGAAAAACGGCCGGCGAACUCGCGGGGCAUCCUUUUCUUCAGUUAAAGGGAGCAACUGCGUGA